GCCUCCGCGCCCCGCCGGCCCGGGCCAGAGACAAUGAUCCCGCCGGGCGAGUGCAUGUAUGCUGGGAGGAAGAGGAGGAAGCCUGUCCAGAAGCAGAGGCCCCCCGCUGGGGCCGAGAGGACAAACCCUUCCAAGCGGCACCGGGACCGUCUCAAUGCUGAGCUGGACCAUCUGGCCAGCCUACUGCCGUUCCCACCUGAUGUCAUCUCCAAGCUGGACAAGCUUUCAGUCUUGCGUCUCAGCGUCAGCUACUUCAGGGUGAAGAGCUUCUUCCAAGCCAUGCGAGAGAAGAGCCCUCAGCCACCGGCAGCUGGAGCCCCCUCACCAGGAGACAGUCCCUACGGACGGCCCCCCGUGCUGGAAGGAAGGCUGCUGCUGGAGACCCUUGAUGGCUUUGCACUGGUCGUGAGUGCGGAAGGAAUGAUAUUUUAUGCAUCAGCCACGAUUGUGGACUAUUUGGGCUUCCACCAGACGGACGUCCUGCACCAGAACAUCUAUGACUAUAUCCACGUGGACGACCGCCAUGACUUCCGUCGGCAGCUCCACUGGGCCAUGGACCCUCCGCACGCAGCGCUCGGGCGGCCCCUGCGCUCAGAGGCAGCAGAGGACGCCGCGCUGGGGAGGCUCCUCCGGGCCCAGGAGGACGGCGCGGGCUCGCCCGCCGAGUACUCGGCCUUCCUGACGCGCUGCUUCGUCUGCCGCGUGCGCUGCUUGCUGGACAGCACCUCGGGCUUCCUGACGAUGCAGUUUCAAGGAAAACUGAAAUUCCUGUUUGGACAGAAGAGGAAAGCUCCCUCAGGGACGGCUCUGCCCCCUCGGCUCUCGUUGUUCUGCACUGCGGCACCUGCCCUCCUUCCCUCCGCUGCCGAGAUGAAAGUGAAGAGCACAUUCUUGAGGCUGAAGCACGGGGCGGACAUCUCAGCCCUGACAGAUGCAAGAGCAAAAGCCCAAAGUCAGUGUGAGCCAGAAUCGCAUGUGAAGCCCAACCACUCAGCAGGAAGGAACAGUGCAGAAAACGGCCUGUCAGUGUUCAGGGCACAGACGGAUGGUGACCGCUGGGCCCAGCUUCCUGCCAGAGCCACGUGCCCUUGCCUCAAGGGCGGCCCCGACAGUGUCCUGGACCCCAGGGUGGCCUCAGGGGGCGGGACACGAGAGGGGCGCGGGAGGGCGCCCGGAGGCUCCAGCACAGUGAGGCGGCGCAGGGAGGGUCACGCCUAUGAUUGCCACUUGGAGGCAGCAGGACCAGCUCAGCAGCUGCACCGGAUGACUGGGGCGCUAGGGCAGGAGGGUGGCACCAGGCUGAAGCUGGAGCCCAGCACGGGGGGUCCACUCCCUGGGCAAGCAGGCGCCCAGGGCAUCGUCCACACCGACAGCUUCACUGCUUCAGGUAGCUCACUUGUCUCUCACCCAUCAAACCGUCUCCCCAGUGCAUACACUGGCCGGCCGGGCAGAACCCUGCGGGACGGAGGCCAAGCUCAUGGGCUGUCUCCCGCCAGCUUCCCCCUUCCCCAGAGGAGCCUGGAGAACGGGCUCCCUCCUCCUCGAGGACAGCGGCUUGCGGUGGGGGGCUACUGUACCCAGGACACCAAGUUUGGAGGCGGGCCGGUGCCCCCCGGAAGUCUGUUCAGCCCCACUCUGUCGCUUGAUGUGCCUAUCAAGAUGGAGAGUGACUCUGGAUCUGAUGAUGCAGCAGACAACUACUCUGUGUCCCCAAGCCAGGUGUGGCUGGGGGCCACUGAUGUGGCCAAGAGACAGCUGGUUACUUUCCCUACCAGGAUGCACCUCAAAACAGAGCUGGGCCACAGACACCAACUCUGUGCCCCGCACCUGGGGCACAGUAUGCUGGGGGCAAACCCCAGACCUGGCUGUAAUCUGGCUCUGUUCCACCCUGCACGCUGUGCCUGCCUGGAACAUGUGCACUGUGUUCCUGAGCCAGAGCCGCCCCCCAACUUCUGUGCACAGGGCCACCAGCCCCCAACUCUGGGCCGCAACUGCAGAGCCCCUGGGACCCUGCCUGUUGUCAAGCGGGAGCCCCUGGACUCACCCCCAUGGGCCACUCACAGCCAGGAUGGGGUGCCCGGGACAUUCCCCAAAAGUGCCUUGGCGACACUGAUGCUGCCUAAAGCUCCCGAGGGCACAUUCCUGCUGUAAAGCAGAGCUUCUCCCAGAACUGCUCCUGCCCACGCUGAUUUGCCCCUCGGCCAGGGGUGGCAUGGAAUCAGAGCUUCUCCUGGUGGCCCCCUCAGAGCUACAGGAGUUCAGUCCUCGGUUGUGUGGGCAGGUAUGCAAUGGUGAGUUCCGCACUUCAUAAAACACCACAGAAAUUCUUAAAUGCAAAGUGCUCUUAAGUCAGUUCGAAUAUCACCAUGUUUCCCUUGGAGGAAUCAGAACUUCUCAGAAAGCAGCCACAGUGGGACCUGUUGGCUCGGUGGGCAUACACACUCUGAGGCAUCUGCAACAGCCCCCGGCAGCUGGCAGGCCACCCCCCAGUCCCCCAGGGCUGUGCAGAGCAGCGACCCAGGUGGAAAUUUGGGAUAUAACGUGCUGAGCCACAGUGAGCACGCUCUCACUCAUGGACAGCGUCUGGGAAGUUCCAGGCACCGUGGCAGCCGCAGGCACUCUGUGACCCCCCAGAGUGGACACCCAACAGGACAAUGCCCCUACUGGCAGCCUCUGCGGCCUCCAGUAGGCAUCUGAGGAUGGUCUGUGCUCAUCUGUCUGUCGGCCCAUGUCCCCAGGAGCUGACGGAGUCUGGGUUUGCAAGUGUAGAGAAAAGAAAUAGCAAGUUGAGUUGACUGUGGAGGCCAUUCUGCAAACUGUCUAGUUUUUCAAAUGAGGAUUCCAGUCAUCAUCCCAGGAAGAAUUAUAGGACAAGUAAAAAUUUUUUUAAGGUAGUACAUUUUGAUCAUAGGAAAUUUAGAUACAAAAGCAUAAAGCAGAACAUGAAGGUCACCCAUAGCCCCAGCCAGAGGUGGUGACCUCUCACAUGGGAUAGACACCAGGGUAUAGAAAUCCCCACCAAGCAGAAGCUGCAGCAGGAGGGCCUCCAGGUCAGGGUCCCUCCGCAGCUGCCCACCUGUGCUGGGGUGGACAGACCCCUCCUCCUCAGGGACAGGGGCAUCUGUCUUUGAAGUCACCUCCAUUGGAAGUCUCCAGAGAUGGCAUGAGCCCCUGGGAAAUGACUGGCUGCUCCACCAUCUGGUACGUUCUGCUCCUCAGCUAGGGUCCCUCCAUCAUCUGUGGCUUGGAGUGUGUGUCCUCAGCUAAUGAUGAGGCCAGUUGGAACGUGCCUGUUCACCUCAUCACAGCUCAGCACUCGCUGAAAGGACUGGGUCUUCUGGACACUGGACUUAGGCACAGCCCAGGGUGCCCAUGCUCCUCGGUUGCCUCUCAUGGGAGGGUGUCCCCUUAGGGUAUGGCAGUGGCUGAAGGUCUCCUCCCAGCACUGUCAAAGGGUCACCUGCCAGAGCCCAGGGUCGGAGCAGUCAGUCCAUGGCUUCCUGGGACCUCCCCAACAGGGCCCACCCAGCAGCUUCUCCAUCUCUGCUCAGCCCACUGGGCCUUGCAGAAGGUGACAUCAUCAGGACUGUCCUGUCCUCACCACGACUGCCAGUCUCCCCUCCCUUGUUAUGAGGCAGCACAACCCCCAACUACCUGCUCCCAUGGGCCCCCAGAACUGUCCCCUCCCCACCCAGUUCUGUGCCAAGCACAGCACACCUCUGCUUUCUGUACACCUAUGGACUCAACCCCUAAGAUGUGGAGUGUAUUUCAGAAUCCCUGUCCUUCCUUCCUGUGCAAACCACAUGCCCAGCCCUCAUCGUGGAAAGCCCCUACACCAUUUUUCACAUGCAGUACCCCCCAGGGUCAGAGGGGACACUAGGUUCUGUCCUCACUUCAUGCACCUGAGAGCCAUGCACCUGACCCAACUGGGAGCAUGUAUCAUGUAACCGGGAAAACAAGGGAUGGAAGAGACGCCCCUCGGUGACAUCAGUGCAUGUGUGCACACCGUAGCAAAUCCCCACAUGACCAGAGCUACAGGCUGAUGCCACACGGAGAGCCUCUCCAAACACAUGGCUGUUCCUGCCACAGGGCCCUGGUGUCCAGGCAGUCAUCCACUCUCCCAGAUGGCACAACCAAACUGGCCACAGACGGCGGGCUUAUUGAUGUGGACGGGUCCUGCCUUAUUGAUGUGUAAUUCAGCGCCCAGGCAUGGGCUCACAGGCUUGUGCACACUUGUGCCCAGGCCCUUCCUCUGUGGGUGGGCGCUACCCCCAGAGUCAGCACCGCUGCUGUCCAACAGCCAUGCCCUCCUAAGAAGUGUGUGGGGACGGUGGUGGGAUGUAGGGGGUGCAGAGGGGCCAUUUCUGCUUCAAGAUGUCAUCAGUGCUAAUUACAGGCUCAUGUUGGCUGGAAGCUUUUGCCUAUAUAGCUGAACAAGUAUUAAAGUCAAAUAUAAUGUGGGAGGGAGAUGGAUGGAAGGAAGCAGAUAAACACAUUAUAUUUUACAUUUUUAUAGUUUCUACUGGAAGAAAAAGUUUUCAGUAUCUAGACUGACUUGUUGAAUUUUUAAAAGUGAAUACACUAUAAUGAAACCUUUUAUACUGUUUCCUCAGUGCCUUUAAAGAUCUUUCAAAUAUACUUCUGAUACUCUUGUAUUAUUGAUGUAAAAUAAAUCACGU